GUUUUUAUGCCCAUUGUACAGUUCAGGCCGUCGCGUGCCACUUACGUUUCAUCUUUGGAGAGUGUCGAAUUUCUUCCGGAAAUGGUUGUGAGUUCGAAAUGGAAAAUUAAAACGCGGAACGGUGAAAACCCUGUGAUCGGUAUGAGCUGGACAUCAGCAUUACUUAAGCCCUGCCGUUGAACCCGGGAUUCCUCCGCCGAUCUCAAGUACAAACUUCGGGAACUUCGAAUCUCUUAUCUUUCGAGAAACUGGAACAUCGAUGUCCUAAAAUUGAUAUCCUAAAAUGGAAGUGCCUCGUGAUCGUUUGUACGUCGUACCGUCGACUGAAAAACCGUAACAGAAGAUCCGCAUCCGACUCGCGUUCGGAAAUUCAGCGUAAGACGCGUAUAGUUUCCAUUACGCAAUGAUCAUGCAUUACUCCAAGACCCAUGCGAAAAACUAAUUCAAAAAGGAAGAGCGAGCAACGUCGAAGUAACCUGACCUUCUUGUGAUUCUCAACUGAUGAGCUGUGAAUGAAGCCAUUUCAUACGAUCUACUGUAACCAGGAGCUGAGAUUGUACGAAAAUGCAUCUCGAAGGAGGUGGAUGGAUCAAGACUCCUCGAAAAGUGCAUUUCUAUGUAGACGAGAUCGAGAAAAUCGGACAACUGUUGAACACGAUGGAAAUGCCUCAAGUACUGGUGCACCAUGGAAAGGAAGUGAACAUAAUUCUUGCUGAGGAAGAACCCAGAGACCUUUCCAUUGUCUGGCCGAAAGGAGAAGCCCAUCAGAGUUAUGUGACUUCCAUGGUUGACAGGAUGAGGGUUAAAUAUAGACUCUUCUGGUUCCUCCAUGCCAUUUGGGGCAUCCAUGAUGAAGCCAUUAUUCCUCUGGGUCUUUUUGCAAAAGUAGAACUUGUUAAUCUUCUGGAUGUCAGUCUUGGUGAGGGUGUCUCCAUGUCCAACCUUGGCCAGAUUGACAGGCUUCAGGGGCUGCAAUGUGGGCAUCCUCUCAUUCUUUGCAUUUGUGUAGAGGUCAUACAACACACUGGAAUGGUCAACCAUUCUGAGGAAGAGUUGUUUCAUGAUUCUUCUGAUGGUGGUGAGUGUGGUACCAUUAGCAUGGGACUGGAAGUUGAUGCCCCACAUGCCACCCAUGACUGGCCAGAGGUGCCCAGGGUGGUCAUUCAUAGUGUGGAGUGUCUUGUUUGGGGUUGCCAACCAUUCAGCAACUGCUGCAACUUCCCUGGAACUCACCACACUAUCAAGGUCUCUUGA